AUGAAGCUCACCUUCGACCCGACUCAAACAGGCACGAGCCGAAUCCUCCGGCGCGGCAUCCCCCAGAGAGACUGGAUUUUUCGUGAAAUCUCCGUUAGAUUAUCGUGGUCGAGAGUGAAUUACAGGCAACGUGGGACGCGAGGACCAUUGCAGUAUCAGACGCAGCGACAGGAUGGCUGGUGGGCCUUGGACACAGUGGGACGACGCGUAAUGACCACCGACUACGUCGCUCUGUCAACGCCACCACGGAAUGCAGAAACUCUGACGUCGUCGGCGCGCACAUUCGCCGUGCUUGUCGUCGCUGACCGAGAAGAAUGAGAAACGCACGAUAUCCGCUCGGUCGCCGUCGCCGUUGUCCUUCCUGUCGCGGCCAAAGUUUUUCCAUUAUUUGCAAAGGCACGUAUCUGGAGCGAAAAGCCCACCACGCGCACGAGUCGUGGCAUUCGCACGGCGCGACGACGAUUGGCACGUUCAGUCGACUGAAUGGGCCGAUCGCGGAAGAAACGGCAUUAUCAUGGACGUAGAAGCAUCUGGACCAAGUAUAUGGUACCUCUAUAGACAGGGUGUGAAGCUUGAGAGGUAAAGGAAAAUAUUCGUCGCAGCCAUCUUGACUGAUCAAAAUUAGCACAUGUAUAACACAAUAUAUGUAGAUCCAGAUAUUUAGAUCAAAAUUUUCUCUACUAUUUUGCGAACAACACAAAAUUCUAAGUUAUUAAUCGAAGGAGAUUCGUGAAUGAUCAUGGGCCAUAUGGUAGGUGAGUUGUGAUGGUGAUUCUGUCUCUGCAUGCUCAUUGAAAAAAAAAUAUUGGGAGUACAAAUUAGUUCGGUCCGUUUUCAAAAGAUGGCUCUGGCUGUUAUGAAUGUUUCAUAGUGACAGCUGAUUUCGGUGG